AGCUGCUGAGAUGGUACGAGAGGUACUCAGCGCAGGGACGGACGAGUGCAUCAUCAAGAUCCGUGCUCGCUCCCGGCGAUUAGUCUAUGUGGUUUCAGUGCAGGCGAGCACGGUCCUAGAAGAGGAAUUGGGUCGCUUGGGCGAAGUCAAGAAGCUCGACAGUGAAGAUCAGAAGGAACAGGUGGCUCACGACGCAGAGUUCAAGAAGGCAAAGGAAGGACAGAUGUCGAAGGCUGCGAAGAUGACAGAAGCACAUGGCCAGAUGCUGAAUACGCUAUUGCAGAUGCGGGGCAGUGGGCAAACCUUGGAAGGGGCUGCUGCCUCAGCUGCCACGAGCCGCGACCGCACCGAACUACCUCCAACUGUGCCCGACCAACGAGAAGGUGCAGCCAAUGAUAAUGAUAAGAAAUUGCUAGGAAAGCCGAUUGAUGAAGCAGGUGCGGCCAAGUCAACAAAGACUCAUGCAGAGCGAAAGCACUGCGACCCAAAAAAAGUAGGCGUGGCUGCAGCGAAAAAAACUGCACCGAAGGUCGCAAAGAAACCAAAGCAAGUAAGCACACAGCGGGGAAAGCACCAGCUCCAUUCCAGUGCGGCCAGGAAGGUAGACGUGGCAGUGCCUUUGCGCCGGGUGCGCCGAAAAACAUCACCAGGCUCCUUGAAGGAAG